ACCGGGCCGGGCUGGGCCGUGUGCUGUCGUUUGGACACCGCGACACAGGGAAAAAUGGGAUCUCAAUCCGCUCGACGGUUCCACGGUGAAUCCUUCUGCGGCUCUCCUCCGGCGACGAUUUGGUGAGGCGGAAGCAAGGAUCUAGUGUCCAGAAAGCUGCGCUACCGCAACGCUAUCUCCGACGAUUCUUUGGGCGGCGACGAACGGCUUUUUUCCUCUCAAUGGGUCUCAGUAAGACUGAAGUCAAUUUGAGAAGAUUGUUGGAAGCGGCUCCGAGGCAGCAGAAUAAAACAAAACUCAUACAUUAUAUCACAACAUUAAGGGAACAAUUAGAGCAAUUAAGUGCCGAGACUACACCGAAUGGAACGCACAGCAUUUCAAAAGCAAAAUUGAAUGAAUAUUCAGAAAAGAUUGAAGCCCUUGCUGCCAAGUUAGCUGCUCCUUUGGUAGAAACUGAAGAGGUUUCUCAUGUAUCUGAGGAGGCUUCUUCUGGAACACAUGAGGUUGCGAACCACACUAGCUCUUCUUCUGUAUUGAGGAGAAGGACCACAAAAGUAAUUCAGGAGUUGGACAAAUCUCCUACAGCACGGUUAGAAAGCAAGGAAAGCAGAGAUGAAGCUAAGGAGAGGGAUUCAACAGAACCAGUUAAGUUGGAUGCACCAGCUAUAGCUCAUAUUGAGAAACAUAGAAAACUUCAAGAAGAUCUGACCGAUGAAAUGGUUGGGUUAGCUCGGCAGCUCAAGGAAAGCAGUUUGUUGAUGAAUAAAUCUUUGCAAGAUACGGAGAAGAUUCUGGAUUCAACAGAAAAUGCUGUGGAGCAUAGCUUGGCGAGCACUAGCCGUGCUAAUAAACGAGCCAUGGAGGUGUACUCAGAGAGUUUCAAGACUUCUUGCUUCACUUGGAUUGUGAUUUUCGUGAUGACUUGCGUUUUCUUCAUGGUUGUUCUUCUUAUCCGCGUGACCUAACUAGCACUCUUUGCACAUCCUUAUGCACAUCAGCAUCCUCUCUUGCGCAAAGAUCAUCUCUAUGUGACUUGAGCUACUUGGCCUGUCAUUGAUGCUCAAAGAUAAUUCCUAAUUCUCCACUGUCAUUUCUUAAAUUAAAUUGUAACGAAAUUUUGUAGUAAGUCGUAUAAACAUAUUGUGGGAUCUUACUUUGAAUCUUGCCCA